AUGAAUGCGGUUGAUGUUGACCCGAAAACGAACACCUACCUACUGUCCGCUCGAAGCAUGUGCACAAUCUUCAAGAUCGACGGAAAUACCGGUGAUAUCAUCUGGCAGCUUGGAGGGAAGCACUCCGACUUCUCUCUUGGCGAAGGCGUUGACUUCUGCUGGCAGCAUGAUAGUAGGAUGCAUCAAAAAUACCUCCAUUACGAAACCAAGGGACCAAAAGAAAUUAUAUCUUUCUUUGACAACUCCGCGCAUGAGAAUCUCGUGGGUGGUCCUACUCUCGAAGCUCGCAAUUAUAGUGAAGGCAAGGUUGUCGAGCUAGACACCACGAAGCACACUGCUACCUUGAUCGCAAGCUUCCGCGCUCCCGGAGAUCUCUCGGCCAGAUCCCAGGGCAACCUACAGCUCCUGCCAAACGGAAUCCAUUGGAUCAUUCUCUUACUGAAAGCAAAUAGGCCUCAACCCUGCAUUUUGGAUGUCGAGUAG